AUGACUGAAUUUCAAAUCCCACUCGAGUACCUCACCUCGAUCAAGGACAAAGUCGUCCUCAUAACUGGAAGCUCCUCUGGCAUCGGCAAAGCAACCGCCCACCUCUGCCUGCACCAUGGCGCAAAAGUCAUAGCCGGCGAUCUCUACCCCCUACCAGCGGUCUUUCUACAAAGCCUAGACCAGCGAGACGAACAAUCCUGUACGGGAGCCGCAUCAACCUCACCACCACAUCAGGUGGAUGUGUCAGAAAAUCUCAUGUUUGUCCAAACGGACGUCUCAGAUUGGACGAGUAUCCGCAAUCUCUUCAUCCGCGGGGUGGAACGAUUCGGCGUCAUAGACCACGUCUUCGCGAAUGCGGGGAUUGGACCGCUGAGUAACUUCUUAGAGGAGACUUUUGAAGAUAAGGACGGGGGAGAACAGCUACUAGCCCCACCAGAUCUGAAAGUCCUGGAUGUGAAUCUUAUUGGGGUUAUAUACACAGUGCGUCUGGGUGUUUACUACCUUCGUCAAACUGCCUACGGUGGAAGAGGAGGAGCGGAGACCGAACCCUCGCCAUGCAUAACAAUCAGCGCCUCAGCAUCCUCGUUCCAGAAUUUCAGUGCAGGAGAUUACACAGUUGCGAAGCACGGUGUUCUUGGUAUUCUGCGCGGUUUAUUCAGCGACUUACAGCAAGAGCAGCCUAACUCCGGCCAUGAUGGAAAGAGCCCAAGACGGGUUAGAUUGAACGCCAUUGCGCCCUCAUGGACAGCGACGGGGAUUGUUUCCAGCGGUAUUCUUAGGGGUCUCGGUGUGCAUGUCCAGAAGCCUGAGGAUGUGGCGAAGAGUGUUGUUAUGCUGUGUAAUGAUAGUAGGCGCAGUGGGGAGCUGAUAUAUAGUUGGGAAGGGAGGUACUGUGAGAUUAAUCAACGUGAGGGAGGGUUGCUGGAUGGGGUAGCGAAAAUAGUGCCGAAUGUGGCUGAAGAAGGGCCGGUUAUGGAGAAGCUGAAGGGGAGGUAG